AUGCAUUUCCCCAAGAUCCUUGCCGCCGUCGCCGCCCUCUGCGUUCAAGGGAGCCUUGCAGUCAAUGUCUUGACCUACAGCGGUCGUGACUGUACGGGGACGGUACAAGAUGUUAAGGUCGAUAAUAAUGCAGCCUGCUCUACCAAAACCCAACCAUUCCAGUCUUACAAGGAAAAUGGAUGGGGAGAGAGGAACGGGCAGAGAAUUGCGUUCUACAACCAACCCAGCUGCAGUGCGAACUCAUUCUUAUAUGACACGUACUCUUAUAACGGAGACUAUUUCCACUCCAAGCAAUGCUACAAUAUUGACGGUCAUUCGCCUGUUUCGGUCGCCCGGGGCAUCUCGCGGCUCAACUCCUCUUCAAUGCGGUUGUACAGCCUUCAAUAUUCAUGCAUGCCUCCGACAGGCAUCCAACCUGCAUACAGCAAUUGGUCGAUCUUUCUCUAUACAAAACGCUCACGUAGGGGUCACCUCAUCGAACUUGUGCAAUCCUACGGUGAUGAAGCUGUAUCACAGUGA